GUCUGCACUGUCUCACUACGUGGCUGGUCAGUUGUUCACAACCUGGCUAAAAUCCCAUCGUCAGUCGGCCUAGUUUGACAAGUUCAUCCACCAUGGACAUCAACAUCUGGCUGGGCAUCAUCGUGCUGCUGACUUUACAAACUCACUUCGUUUUCUCAGACGAUGCUCCAGUUUUACACGGAAAAAAUUCAAUUAGAACUGUGGGUGGAGUCAACUUCUCGGCUGAAGUUAUCGCUCGGCGUGAAGUCAAAAUUACAGAUAACUUUCAAACAUAUCAGAAAACUUGUGACAGGAAUUCUAUGUCUGAUGAUUUACCAGAAAGGGCGAUCAUGAAAUCCGAAAUAGGGGUAGAUGUGAUGUGUGAUACCAAAACUGAUGGCGGAGGGUGGAUUGUGCUUCAGCGACGUAACAAACUGGAUGUUGACUUUAGAAGAAAUUGGGAGGACUACAGAGAUGGUUUUGGUACAUAUGCUGGCGACUAUUGGCUUGGACUUAAACAUAUGUACAAAUUAACAUCGAUGGGGCGAUGGGAACUAAGAGUUGAAAUGACAUUCAGGAAGGUCGACUACUACGCCCAAUACAAAUCGUUCAAAAUCGGAAGUGAGUCAGAGUAUUUUCCCCUUCGCAUUUCUGGCUUUUCAGGAAAUGUUUCCGACGACUUAAAAUAUCACAAUGACGCCAGCUUUGCCACUCCAGAUUAUCCGGACGAAAUGGGCUGCGCUGCCAAAUUUAGAACGGGGUGGUGGUUCCAGAAUUGCCUGACAGUAAACUUGAAUGGUGAGCACCCUAUGACGCAGUAUCAGUCAGGAAUACACUGGAAGUCUGUGGGUGGUUUUAAGACACUUGAUAGAGCUGAGAUGAAAAUGAGAAAAAAACCUAGAAUCUCACCUGGGAUUUCAAGUAAUUAGCAAAUAAAUAUUGUGUUCAAUAGAUUCAUCAAGUACAUGUACAUACCCUAGACAUGUCAGAAUUGUUGAAAAAUCCCAAAAAAAAAAAAAAUCAAAAGCUUCUACUUGAUUCCUAGUUCUUUUGUCUGUGUUUUUUCAUUAUGUGUUGAAACAUACCAGCGAAAUUUCGACCACCUCUGACGGACCGACUUAUUUAAACUAGACACGUCGGUUAAAACCCAGUUAUAAUGCAGUCUUUAUUUAUUUUCUUCUUUUGAGUAUACUAUUUAAAUAAAAAACAACUAAAUAUAUG